AUGGGCAGCACAACAGGGCUUGUGGACUGGCGAGGGAGGCCGGUUGAUACCAAGAAGCAUGGGGGAGGCUAUAUUCUACUGGCCAUCCAGGCUCAUGUCCCAUCUCUGCACCCGCCACCAUGCCAAGCCCCAAACAACUGCGAGCCAGUCCAUGGCUCCAACCUGAGCCUUCUGCUGCUGGGCAUCUUCAUGAUCUGUAUUGGUGAAGGCGCCAUCCGAGCAUGCCUACCAGCUCUUGGUGGUGACCAGUUCGACAAAUCUGACCCUGUCGAGCAGAGGCUGGAGGCAAGCUUCUUCAACUGGUACACCUUCGCCGUCUCGUUUGGGGGCCUUGUUGGGUUGGUGCUCAUCGUCUGGGUGGAGAACAAUAAAGGAUGGGACGUUGGAUUUGCGGUCUGUGCUGGGAUCGUGCUCUUGGGCCUUGCAGUUUGGUCUGCUGGAUUCCCAUUUUACCGGAAUCGAUUGCCAUCUGGAAGCCCUUUCACAAGAAUUUUGCAGGUACUUGCUGCUGCAUUCAAGAAAAGAAACCUUCAAUUGUACAACAAUCCAGAUGGAUUGAAUCAGAUCACCGGAGGCAAUGCAAAAGGAGUUGAAGUUCUAGAAAGAACAAAAGGAUUACAGUGCCUAGACAAAGCUGCCAUAGAUAAUGGAAAAGGAGGAUCCUGGUCCCUCUGCACUGUACAUCAAGUAGAGGAGACCAAGAUUGUUAUCCGCAUGAUUCCGAUCUUCAUCACCUCUGCGCUUGGCUACAUGCCUGCUUCCAUAAUCCUCACAUUCACUGCUCAGCAAGGCAAUACCAUGAACACGAGGUUUGGCGCGAUCAAUGUGCCCCCAGCGACGCUCUUUGUCAUUCCAACAGUCUUUCAGCUGGUCGUGCUAGUGGUAUAUGACAGAUUUAUCGUUCCAUUCCUGCGCAAGAAGACUGGUUAUGUGGGUGGUGUCACUCACCUCCAGCGCAUUGGCAUCGGCUUUGUUGCCGCUAUUAUGGCCAGUGGGGUUGCAGCCAUUGUGGAGAUGAAGAGGAAGAGUGUUGCAGAACAAAGUGGCCUCAUGGAUUCACCUGCUCCGGCUCCAAUGUCUGUCUUCUGGCUUGUGUUUCAGCUCUUCUUUGUUGGGGUUGUGGAUGUUACUUCUUUUGUCGGGCUUCUCGAGUUCUUCUAUAGCGAGGCUUCUAUCGCGCUGGUGCUGCUCAGCAACGCAGCCAACAUUGCCAACAUACUGAAUCUUGUAAGCUACCUGCGCGAGGAGAUGCACAUGGAUGUGGCGAGGGCCUCUACGAUGGCGAUCAACUUCUUUGCCGCGCUGCAGAUGUUCUCCAUCCCAGCAGCCUUCCUUGCUGACUCCUACGUCAAGCGCUUCUACACUGUCCUCAUCUUUGGCCCAGUCGAAAUACUGGGCUAUAUCCUUCUGGCGGUCCAAGCGCAUGUCCCAUCUCUGCACCCGCCACCGUGCGUCGCCGGACAGCAGGCAACCACCACCUGCGAGUCCGUGCACGGCUCAAACCUGGGCCUGCUCCUGCUGGGCCUCUACCUGAUCCCCAUCGGCGAUGGCGCGGCUCGGGCGUGCCUCCCGGCUCUGGGCGGGGAGCAGUUCGACACGUCCGAUCCCGUAGAGCAGAGGCAGGAGUCGAGCUUCUUCAACUGGUACACCUUCGCCAUCUCGACGGGUGGCUUCGUGGGGCUCGUCUUCAUCGUGUGGGUGGAGAACAGUAAAGGCUGGGACCUCGGCUUUGUCGUCUGUGCCUUGUUUGUGAUCCUGGGGAUGCUGAUAUGGAUUGCAGGCCUCCCGUUCUACAGGAACCAGCUGCCAACUGCAGCAUUCAAGAAAAGAAAAGUUGCAUUACCAGCCAACCCCAGUGAGCUAAAACAAACAGGGCAAGACGACGCAGGUGCCCUGGAAAUGCUGCAUAGAACUGAUGGAUUUCACUGCCUUGACAAAGCAGCAGUAGACACCGGAAACACUGGAGCCUGGACUCUCUGCAGCAUAACCCAGGUGGAGGAGACCAAGAUCAUCCUCCGCAUGGUGCCCAUCUUCCUCAGCGCUGUGCUCGGGUACAUUCCGGUGCCGCUCAUCCUCAAUUUCACAGUGCAGCAGGGCAACACAAUGGACACCAGGCUUGGUGCAGUUCACAUCUCACCCGCAACGCUGUUCGUCAUCCCUACGGUUUUCCAGAUGGUUAUCGUCAUCGUUUACGACCGGUUCAUUGUCCCGUUCCUAAGACGAAUAACCGGGUACGUGGGCGGUGUCACGCACCUCCAGCGCAUCGGCAUCGGGUUCCUUUCAACCGUAGUGGCCACCAGCAUUGCAGCCCUAGUGGAGGCCAAGAGGAAAAAGGUGGCAGAAGACAGUGGCCUUGUGGAUGCUACAACUGGAAUUCCAGUGUCUGUUUUCUGGCUGACCAUACAGUACUUCCUCCUAGGUGUUGUGGAUGUCACCUCCUUUGUAGGGCUUCUUGAGUUUUUCUACAGUGAGGCGUCCAUGGGGAUGAAGUCCAUUGGGAGCUCCAUCUUCUACUGCAUCCUUGGGGUGUCUGCUUGGCUGGGGAGCCUGUUGAUCCAAUUGGCAAACCGAUUUUCAAGACACAAUGAUGGUACAGGAGGCUGGCUUGAUGGCACAAACUUGAACAAGGGGAAACUUGAUCGAUUCUAUUGGUUGCUAGCAGUUCUUGAGGUGGUAUCACUAUUAGUGUACACCUUUUUCGCUUGGAGCUAUGUUUACAGGAAUGACCAAAGGGUUGUGGUUGAUGGAGAUAAUAACGCUCCAUCAGAUGGUGCGGUGCCAUAA